GAUCUGGAAAACAGAGAUCGAGUCGUUGUGUGUGAAUGUUUUGGAUUGGUGGAAGUGGAGCGAGAGUGAGUGUGAAGAGAUGAAGUUUUACAUAUCGACAACAGGGAUUGAGAAGGUUACCAUAUCGAAUCCCGGUAAAGGAAGCGCGGGAGGGGCAAGGAGAUUCUCUGGACGGACGUUGAUACUGUUGCUGCUGGUGCUAGCCAUCCUACUCCCUUUUGUUUUCGUUUGGUUCGCGUUUCUCGUCCUCGAAUCCGCCUCCGCUUGCGAUUCUCCACUUGAUUGCAUGGGACUACGACUUUUUCGUGGGGGCGAUACAUCUCUGAAAAUUAGCGAAGAGUUGACACGAGCGCUAGUGGAAGAGACAGGUCAGGACGGUAAUGGAAUAGGAAAGAAGGGCUCAUUGGAGUCAUUUGAUGAACUUGUCAAGGAGAUGACGUUAAAACGCCGUGAUAUAAGAGCGUUUGCUUCCGUGACUAAGAAGAUGCUGUUGCAGAUGGAACGUAAAGUCCAAUCAGCGAAACAUCACGAGUUAGUGUACUGGCAUUUAGCUUCCCACGGUAUUCCCAAAUGCCUCCAUUGCCUUUCCCUCAGGUUAACAGAAGAGUACUCUGUCAACGCGAUGGCUCGAACGCGUUUGCCUCCACCUGAGUUCGUUUCUCGUCUGACUGACCCAUCUUUUCACCAUGUUGUCAUCUUGACCGACAAUGUUCUGGCUGCCUCUGUCGUCAUAUCUUCCACUGUAAAAAACGCUGUGAGUCCAGACAAGUUUGUCUUUCACAUCGUUACAGAUAAGAAAACCUAUACACCUAUGCACGCUUGGUUUGCUAUCAACUCUGCCUCAUCGCCAGUUGUGGAAGUAAAGGGUCUUCAUCAAUAUGAUUGGCCUCAAGAAGUGAAUGUCAGAGUUAAAGAGAUGCUGGAGAUUCACCGCAUGAUUUGGAGACGGCAUUAUCAGAAUCUGAAGGAAUCUGAUUAUAGUUUCGUGGACGGUACUCGUGAGCAGUCCUUGCAAGCUCUAAACCCUAGCUGCCUUUCCCUUUUGAAUCAUCUUCGCAUCUACAUUCCCAUGCUUUUUCCAGAGCUCAACAAGGUAGUGUUGUUGGAUGAUGAUGUAGUAGUACAGCGUGAUCUUUCGUCUUUAUGGGAAACGGAUCUCAACGGUAAAGUCGUUGGUGCAGUUGUUGAUUCAUGGUGCGGAAACAACUGUUGUCCGGGAAGAAAGCACAAAGACUAUUUCAACUUCUCACAUCCUGUUAUCUCAUCAAACUUACUUAAAGAUGACUGCGCUUGGCUUUCUGGUAUGAAUGUCUUUGAUCUCAAAGCUUGGAGACAAACCAAUAUCACAGAAGCUUACUCCACAUGGUUAAGACUCAGUGUUAGCUCUGGACUACAGUUAUGGCAACCAGGAGCUUUACCACCAACUCUACUUGCAUUCAAAGGACUCACACAGUCUCUUGACCCCUCAUGGCACGUAGCUGGAUUAGGAUCUCGAUUCGUUAAAUCCCCUGAAGAGAUACUGAAAUCUGCUGCGGUUUUACAUUUCAGCGGUCCAGCGAAACCGUGGUUAGAGAUUAGUAACCCUGAGGUACGAUCUCACUGGUAUAUAUAUGUAAACUCCUCCAACAUCUUCGUUAGAAAAUGUAAAAUCAUGAACUGAUGAAAGAAAACGAGUGAUAAAAAGCCAAUACUAGCUAGGAGCUGUAUGAGAGAACAGAGGGAAGUAGGUUUAGCCUUCAGCCUCUGCUCAUAGUUCUCUCAUGUCCAUAUACUAAAGAGUAAUAUAGAGUAAAGGACAUUAAACUAGACUUUAUGAAUUUAUAGUUUUUUUUUGUUUUGUUUUGAUUUUCUCUAAUAGUAUAGUAUAAUGCAUUUUGUUUAGUUAUAGCUAACACAUCACAAGAUAGAUGUUUGUAAGUUUGUAUUUUUCAACCGUUAAUUUAUUUAUGUUAUUAUUAUUGGAACCUAAA